GCACUGUUUCCGGUUGUCAUUUGCUUUCUUCCCUUCUUCCUGCUCAUGUCAAGGUCAAGAGCGGAUGAAGACUUCACGCCUCAGAGCAGCUUACGGAAAUAUUUUUUCGUCGGAUUUACUACAGACUCUUGUGUAGAGGUCAGGUAGCAGUCAAAAUGUUGCAGUUGCACGCGCUCGCACUUUGCCGAAACGACGUUCGUACAGGACAAAUUCACAUUAAAGUGUAGGAUUAUUUCAUUAAAUUUCGUGUGGUCCAAGGCAUUGACGUAACAUAGGAGAAGUGAGGUCAUGUUUCCGAACUACUUUGCUAAAGAUGAGACGGAGUCAGAAAAACAGUCAAUGUUGCCGUUCCAAGGGAGACGGAUUUGAGAUCUGUACAGGAUCGGCCGCCGCGCCGCGCCUCGCCCCACCACACCCCUCCCAUAUAUAUGUAACAUUUUUUGUGUGGAAGCGCUCCACCGCCCGGGCCCGCGCCAGACACUGUGUGUGUAAUAUUUGCCUUGCUAAUCGAAUGCGGACAGAGGGGUUCGAACACCCCGUUGCCGCGCCGCGCCACCCCGGCACCCCACCGCGCCGCCACGCCCCGCCACGCCGCGCCGGGCCAUGAGACCAUCGCGAUGGGUGAGGCCUGCGGUUGAGCCGCGGCCGGACCGGGAGCCGCUGAGCUCGCCCUGAGGGGCCCUGCCCGCCCCCGGCCUCACCCCCGGCGCCGCCCCCUCCGCCCCCGCCCCCGCCGGCGGCCCGCCGCCCCCAGCAUGCGGACCACCGCCAGGCCGCCGCCGUCGCCGCACCUGCCGCUGUUGCUGCUGCUCCUCGCCCUCGGAACAGGGCGGUGCGCGCAGCGUGAGCCCAACUCAAAGCAGCAACACCUGGAGACGGUGGCGCCGGUGGUGGUGCUGGGGGCCAGCGAGAGCGGCCGGCCGGAGGUCAGCACGUCGCCGAUGCCGCCCUCCACCGUGGCCGCGACGGCCGCGCUCCCCACGCCGCCAACCACGGUGGACCCGCACGCCCCGUGGGUGGACAAGGCGCACUCUAGGAAUGUGACGGCCCUGCUGGGGAAGACGGCCUACCUCACCUGCAGAGUGCGCAACCUAGGCAACAAAACGGUGUCUUGGGUGCGGCACCGUGACAUCCACCUGCUGACCGUGGCGCGCUACACGUACACCAACGACCAGCGCUUCCGCGCGACGCACAACGCGCAGUCGGACGACUGGAUCCUGCAGCUCAAGUACCCGCAGCACCGGGACGCUGGGAUCUACGAGUGCCAGGUGUCCACCACACCGCACCAGUCGCACUUCAUCCACCUCAGCGUCGUCGAACCAAAGACGGAGAUUGUGGGCGGGCCGGAGCUGUUCAUUGACCGGGGCUCCACCAUCAACCUCACGUGUGUCAUCCUGUACAGUCCGGAGCCACCGGCGUACGUCUACUGGAACCACAACGACUCGAUCAUCAGCUACGAGUCGCCGCGCGGCGGAGUGACGGUGACCACGGCCAGGGGGGACACGACGACCAGCGUGCUGCUCAUCCGGAAGGCACGGCCCUCGGACUCCGGCCAGUACAAGUGCAACCCGUCCAACGCGCAGCACCAGACCGUCAGCGUGCUCGUGCUCAACGGAGAGCUCCCCGCCGCCAUGCAGCACGGCGGCCAGGGCAAGCACCAGACGUCGCACCUCGGGCCGCUGCUGUUCGGCGCGCUGGCCGCGCUUCUCUGGCACGGUCACUCCUCAUAGUGAGGGCCUCCGUGAGGGCCCCCGCGAGGACUCCGAGCUGGUCCCCCGGGCCCCGCUGCGGUCCGCGCCGCCCUGGAAUAGGCCUCGCCCCCCUCCGCCUCCCCCGCCGCCACCCCGGGGCCCCCCGGGGGGCGCGCCGCUCUCACGGCCCCCGGAGGACGGCCCGCCAUUGGCCGCCACGCAUCCGGCCGCCCCUCCGCAUCCGGGUGGCCCCCGCGCGCCGCCCCCACAUGCCGCCCCCGCCGGGCGGAGGGCCGGGACAGAUAACAAGUUGUGGUGUGAACACUACUCGUGGUGAAACUGUAUGUGAUAUGUCCUGUGUGACAAAAGUAAGUUACGUAAUGGUUGUGCCGCUGGAGCCGGCGUUCCAGCGGUGGCGGCCGAGGGUGCUUGCCCCUGGGCUCAAAAAAAAUAAUAUGCAGAGUUACAGAGAAAAAGAGAGAGAGAGGAGGCGGGAGGGCCCUAGUUCACAUUUGUUGAACCGAAGCGAACCGUACGACCUUUUCGCUAGUCCCACUACGGUAAUGGGCAUGGUUUCCCUGCCCCCAACGCUCUCACUCUCUCAACUUGCCCACCCGGCCGGCCCCUCCGCUGGCACCGCUGCCGUGCACUGUGGAGUACUAACGUGUAUAUUUUUAUCAGUAUUAUUUGGCUCCCCCGUGCAGGAGCACAUAAUUGUUUUUGUUAUUUCUGUUAUUGUUUUCGGCUUGGGUGAGGGUGACUGAUGGUAAUGCUUUUUGUACAUAAAUUUAUACACAACGAGUGCAGACAUAGAGACGACUGUUGUCGCCAUUCGUCGCAUUACUCUUGUCAGGAAAGGAACCGAGCUGUGAAAAUUUUUCCGGCAAGUGAAAUGUGUUAGAAUUUGCUGAGAUCAUUAUUCACUUAAAAAAAAUGUUUUGCAAAUUUGUUCAAAAAUGCGUAAUUGUUUUAUAAACUAUCAGAUUCAGUUUGAUGUAUUGCAUUUCAAUCAUCUUCCAUUUAAAAAUUCAUUUCACAAGUUCAUGGUGUAUGCCCCUCAUUUUAUUCUCGAAUUUAAUCAUGUGCGCGUGUACCCUAUGGAAAUUUACCUAAAGGCCUUUGUGUAUUUAACCCCUAAUUAAGUUUAGGUUUUAUACGAAUUCUUGGGCUUAUAUUGGCCACCGCGUCAGAUAAUUGUUGAGCAUCAUGCCGUGGGUUAGGCAAUAAAGUAAAACCUUAUUACGGUUUUCGUAAAACUUUCCAUAUGUGUUUGAGUAUUAAGGUGACAGAGUUUCCUAAACGCGAGCAAAAUUUUUACGCCAGGCGUGAUGAAGGUCGGUUCCCGAUUGGCCGCGCGCUUACGGAGCGUGAAAAUCACGCUUGCGUUUCGUGAACUCUGCAUCCAUACUGAUGUUCAUCAGAACGCACUUUGCCUACGGAGAUGUCGUGACAUAUUUUCUUCCGUGCUAGCCAUAAUUGGAAACUACUUGUGAUUUCCCUUUUUAAAAAGGCGGUAAUUCUGUCAGAUUAAGGUCACAAAAACAUUUGAAACGUUUGAAUUUGCUACAAUGGCCGCAACACUUUUCCAGGAUACUUAUCCGAUGUCUAGAAACCUUCGAGGGCAAUAUACUAUACUUCCUGAACGGCAUUACGACUAAAAGAUAAACAGAAUAUUUGUAAAUAAGAGUGUAUAUAACUAAUAUUUCGUUUCUUUUUGUUUUGCUAAGCCGUGCUAAUAACGGGUAAUGUAAAUAACAGUUGCAAAACGCAUUCCUUUGUAUAAAAAAAUAAAGUUUUAUUGAAAGUAAGAAA